GUUAUAGAUUCUCCUGAAGUGAUUGAGCCUCUGAAAAGUGAGGUUGGACUGUCCCACACUGUUGGACAAAUGAUCCCAGCACAGGAGAAGGGUGGAUAUGAGCCAGAAGAGGACACGGUAGAUAACUUCACUGCCACCUCUUCUAGUGUCCCAUCAGCUGUAAGUACAUUCCAUGUAUUCUUUAGAAACGAUGUGCAUAUCACUUUCUUGUUAUGUAAUAUUCAGUCUCCGUAUGAUAUAUAAUCCCUUUUGUUCCUUUGCAGUGUGAAAUGGUUGACAAUGGCUCAGAGUCAGAUGCCGAGUUAUUAGGAGCAGAAGGACCCUCUGACAGGUAUUGGUUUAGGCCAUAAUCUCUGGUAUUAGUAUUCUGCUAUCAUUCUUCUUGCCAUUGUUAUUAUGACGGUGUUUUUUCUUUUCAGCUCCAUACCCAGAUCUGCCAUGUCUCUGAAAAACUUCAAUCUGGGAAAGGUAUUGGGUGAAGGCACAUUUGGAAAGGUGAGUUGCUGUGUCCCUAAUAAGGGUUAUUACCCUGCUAAAGCAUAGCCACUGACCUUACUGUCUCAUUCCAGGUGUUCCUGGCAGAGUACAAGGACACAAAACAACUGUGUGCCAUAAAGACCCUCAAGAAAGAGAGGAUUAUUGCCAAGAAUGAUAUCAAGAGUGUUUUCAAGGAGAAGCGAAUCCUUCAGAAGGUUACCAGCGCAGAGCACCCAUUCCUGGUUUCCUUAUACGCCACAUUCCAGAGUGAGAAUCACCUCUUUUUUGUUAUGGAAUAUCUCCCUGGAGGUGAUCUGUGCCAUCUGCUCGAGCAUCAAGGAGCAUUUGAGGAGUCAAAAGCCAUGUAAGUGGGAAUUAGGGAUUAGGAUUCAGGGUUGAUCUAUGUGAAAUACUGGGGUGUCUGACUGGUAGAGAGUCCUGGCAAGCUGAAAAUCUUAUUUAUAUAGAGUAGCAUUCACAUAUACUGUAUGUCCUAAAUCUAUCAAAUCACUCAUUGAAUUAUUUUCCUCUUUAUGUAGGUUUUACACUGCCUGUGUAGUCCUCGGCCUGGAGGAAUUGCACCGGAACAAUAUUGUUCAUAGGUAAGUGUUACAGCUCUUAUAGCACUGUACAAAUCACAUUAGCCAAUAUAAAAUAAAGAAUGAUGUAAUUUAUCUGUCUUCACUUUGCUAUAAUGUCUACUAUGAACAAUGUUUAUUUUUUUUUCAUUCAGAGACUUGAAACUUGAAAAUCUAAUGGUGGAUGUGCAUGGCUAUCUGAAAAUUGUGGAUUUUGGCCUGAGCAAAGAUGGUUUCAGAUAUGGAGAUCGCAGUAAGACCCGGUGCGGAACAAACUGCUACAUGGCCCCAGAGAUCAUUGAUGAGAUGGCAUACAGCAGGGCCGUUGACUGGUGGGCCCUUGGGGUUGUGUUAUAUGUCAUGCUCAUGUUCCAGUUCCCAUUUGAUGCAGAAGAUGACAUGGAAUUAUUUGAGAGCAUCAGGAACGACAAACCUGCCCUGACAGAGGAAUUGUCAGAGGAAGCUCAGUGCCUAAUACUAAGAUUACUGGAGAAAAAUCCAUGUCAUCGCCUCGGAUCCAGCGAGACUGGUGCUGAAGAGGUUAAAGCCCAUGAAUUCUUUGAAGAUAUUGAUUGGGAAGAAUUUCUUGAAAGAGAACAGAUGCCUCCAUUUAAACCAGAUGUCAGUGGCCUUACAGAGAGUACCAGGCAAUCUGAAUGCCAAGCCUGGGGAUUAAUGCCACCAGCUGAAGCGAUAUCAGCACAAGCACAAGCGUUAUUUGAAGGAUUCGACUAUUCAGCUGAGUGAGAGGCAAUUGCAAGGGGCAGAUAUAUGACUGGAAAGGGCGGGUGGAGGGCCAGUCCAUAUACAAAUCAGAAGCCCCAUUGACUUAAAGUUAAUA